AUGGAUUUUCAUCAUAAAAACAAUGAGAGAAAUAAUAAGUAUGGGAAUGAAAAAUCUAAUUAUGAUCGAAAUGAAAAGCAUAAUGAGAGAAAUAAUGAUCGAAACAAUGAUAGAAAUAAUGAAAGAAACAACGAAAGGAAUAAUGAAAGAAAUAAUGAUAGAAAUGAUAGAUAUGAUAACAAAAACGAUAGAAAGAGAAAGGAUCGUCAUCAAAAGAGAAAAAAUAGGAAAUAUUCGUCAUCUAGUGCUUCAAGACCAUCAUCUUCAGUUUCUGUUUCUGUUUCCUAAUCAGAAUCAUCAUCAAGUUCUGAAAAAAUACCCAGAUAUAGACCCAAAAAUCACGAUAACAUGGUAUUAUUGUUGGAGAAUUUACCAGAAGACUUAACAAAAUAAUAAUUGGAUAGUGCAUUUAAUGAGGCUGCAAUGGAAGCCAAUGUCAUUCCUCAUGAAGAAAUUUCUAUAAUAAAUGCAUUUGGGUAAGCAUACAUAAAAUAUUGCACUGUUGAUUAUGCAAGAAAAGUGUUAAUAUAUUUAAAAGGUAAAAUAUAAAUAGGUGAACAUACUCUUAAUGUAGAUUUUUAUGAUGAUACUAGUGGUAGACAGAGAAGAAAUAGACAUGAAUUAAAAAAUAGUUUAAUUAAUUAGCCUCCUACAAGUUAUGAUUGGAUAUGUGAUAAAUGUGGAUAUGAAAAUUUUGCAAAAAGACACAAAUGCAAUAAAUGUUUAAAUCCAAGAAAUAUCAAUUGUAAGAUAUUGAGUGUCAUGAUGGCUCCUCCUACUGGAUUUACUGAUGAUUCCAUAUGCAAUACUAGUUUGAUGAUUAAAGCAAAAUCCAUAGCUGAUGCCACUGACAGUGAUAUAUUAGAUAUCUUUGCUCCCCUUGCUGCUGUUAAGGAUAUAAGACUCGUCAAAAACAAAGUACCUAAGGAUCCAAGAAUGAAAGAAUAAAAGGAUUUUGCUUUUGUAGAAUUCUUUAGUGUUGAAGACGCAGAGAAUGUUUAUAGAUAUGUUACUUAAAACGAAGUCAGACUUCAUGGCGAUUAACUAAUAAUCUAAUAUUCCAGAAACAACAGAGCAUCACGAUAUGAAGACCAUUCUAAACCAUUUGGAUUCUAUCCAAAUAACUAAUUUGUGAUGCAGCCAUAAGGACCUUUACAACCAUAGAUUCCCUCAUCAAUUUCAUCUUAAGUCAAUACAUAACAACAACCAUAAUAACCCUAAGAUAUUAUCCAACAACAACAAUCAACUCAGAUGUAGAUUCCCCUGCCAAUUUAAAUGCCAAUAUCUAUGCAAAUACCAAUACCUUCUCCUAUGCCGAUGCAUUAAAUCCCUUAAAUUCCACCUAUAUAACAUAAUCAAUCACCUUAAACCCAACCUAUUCCUUAAUUACCAAUAUAAAUGCCAGAAGUUUCAAUUGUCUAACCAAUAGUUUAAGCCCCAUACCAAGCUGCUUAACUUGCUCAAGAGAGGAUUAUAUUGAAACAAGAGUAAAAACUUACAUUAUCAACCCCCCCAAUGAAUCUAAUGACACAACUUCCACCUAAGAUUCAUGCCCCUAAACCUUAAUAAUAGUAAUAGCCAAGUUAAUAAUAAUCCCAAUAAAAAAAGUAAUAAAAAGUAGAAGAAGUAGACGAAGAGGUCAAAUCAGAUAAAGAAGAUGAAUAGCCUUCUCCUCUCCCUCCCAAAGUUAUCAAUAAAGCACAGCCUCAAUUAACUGAGGCGUAAAUAAGAAAAAAGGCUGAGUUAGAAUUAAAGAAAUGGGAAAAAUUAUAAUAAACAAAAAAGCCAGAGGUCAAGGUUACUCCUUCUAAACCCAUCAUAAACCAAGUUGAGGCUCAAACUAGAUUGAUUUUAUAUAUUUGCCCAAUCUGCAGAAAGAAGUUCCCAAAUGAAGAAAUUAUGAAUUAUCAUUCUCUCAACUCUGAGAUGCACAAGUAAAAAUUAUUAUCAAUGUGA